AUGUCGACAACUCUACUGGCGGCCGGGCUUUUAGUCCUCCUCGCGCCGUGUCUGUACAUUUACACGGCGUCGGUAGCGGCGACGCGAUUCCCGACGCUGCGCAACAAGCGCAUAUGCCUCCUCAUCGCCCACCCCGACGACGAGGCCAUGUUCUUUGCGCCUACAGUGCUCGCUCUCACGCGCCCCGAGACUGGCAACCAUGUCAAGAUUCUAUGUUUGAGCAGCGGCAAUGCGGACGGGUUGGGCGAGACGCGCAAGAAGGAGCUGGUCAAGAGUGGCAUGCUCCUGGGCCUGCGCAACGAGGACGACGUCUUUGUCAUCGAGUCUGACGCCUUUCAAGACUCAAUGACAGCGACUUGGGACGCCACCGCCAUCUCCAACCUUCUUACGUCGGCCUUUGUCCCGAACCCAGCCGCAGGCGCGAUGAUCGAUGUCCUGGUGACCUUUGACAAGGGCGGCGUCUCGUCGCACCCAAACCACAUAUCGCUAUACCACGGCGCACGCGCCUUUGUCUCCUCGGGAUCGGCCGUAGACCUCUACACCCUGACUUCGGUCCCGUUUGUGCGCAAAUACGCCUCAAUAAUGGAUGCGUUCAUGACGCUGGCUAUGAGCUGGGGACUUCAGGGGACCUCGGAGGCCAAGAGCCCGGAGGGACUUGUGUUUAUGAACUCGUUGAUGCCGGGCAAGGCGCAGGAGGGUAGUGGUAAUAAGGACUUACGGCCAAGCUAUGGCACGGCAUGGCGCGCCAUGACCGAGGCUCACAAGAGCCAGAUGGUGUGGUUCCGCGGUGAGGCUCAAGCCAAUGAGCCUUUCGGCUUGGUAAGGCUUCUGCUGGACGAGGUUGUGUUUGUCAAGCUUCGAGGAGACAGGGAGCUCAAGGGCCGUUUGCAUGCAUACGAUUCUCAUUGCAACCUGGUCCUCGGUGAUGUGGAGGAGACACAUUACAUUCAGGAUGAUGACGACGAGUCGGAGCUGAAGACGGUAUCACGAAAGCUUGAGAUGUUAUUUGUGAGAGGAGACAGCGUUGUCAUGAUAUCACCAUCAGACCAGGUAGCAGCAUGA